UGCACCAUAGCGUUUGGCAACACUAGGGCAGACGCUGCCGCGCUCGUUAGUACGGCAGUCUUUAAUUUGACUUUGAGUUUUCUACCUAUUACGUUUAGGCUCUAGCUCCUCCGCUCACUAUGUCUCGCAGUGAAAAUCGAAUUUAUGUGGGAAAUCUGCCCCCGGAUAUUAGGUCUAAAGAUAUUGAAGAUUUAUUCUAUAAAUUUGGAAAAAUUUUGUUCAUCGAUCUGAAAAAUCGUAAAGGUCCUCCAUUUGCUUUCGUCGAGUUUGAAGAUCCAAGAGAUGCUGAGGAUGCAGUACGUGUCCGGGAUUCCUACGACUAUGAUGGGUACCGCUUGCGUGUGGAAUUUCCACGCAACAGAGAUCCCGGUGGCCCGAGGGGAGGCGGCAGCAGCAGCAGUGCAAUGGGUGGUAGGGGCAGAGGCCGGGGCCCACCAGCACGUCGGUCUCAGUACAGAGUUUGCGUCACUGGCCUUCCACCCUCUGGCAGCUGGCAGGAUCUGAAGGAUCACAUGCGUGAAGCUGGUGAUGUCUGCUACGCUGACGUCUACAAAGAUGGCACAGGGGUAGUAGAGUUCCUCAGAUAUGAAGAUAUGAAGAACAGCAUACGCAAACUUGAUGACUCCAAAUUCAGAUCGCACGAGGGGGAAAAUUCAUAUAUCCGAGUGAAGGAAGAUUAUGGAGGUGGGAGCCCCCGUGGUGGCAGCCCACGAGGUGGUGGGGGCGGCGGCGGCGGUGGUGGUGGUGGUGGUGGCGGCGGCGGCGGCGGUGGUGGUGGUGGUGGUGGCGGCGGCGGCGGCGGUGGUGGUGGCGGGUACAGGUUCCGCUCCCGUUCUCGGUCUCGGUCUCCCCGGGGUUACCGAGGCUCUCCCACGUACUCACCUGUACGGCGCUCGUUUUCCCGCUCCCGGUCUCGCUCCAGGGACCGUUUCUAGUCCCUGGCCAGUCGAGCGCUGCUCACAAUAAAUAAUUUGACAUCAACUAAACGUUCGUUGCGGGGCGUACGUGGCGCGAGCGCAUCAUGUUGCAUUUAGUUGUAACUCUUCUUGAUUAUUGGUCGGUUCUGCUCGUUGCUUUCUUUGUUGUCAAAAUCGCACGGCAACGUUUUGCAUAGAAACUGUUCGGUCAAAGUGUCAGAUGCGCGUGUAUUGUGCAGUUUUUCGUAUUUUGGUUUAAUAUUUUUUAACUGUUCAAUCAAUUCGUCGACCUAAAUGAAUCUACGAGCUGAUGCAUACUCAGUAUCACGUGACAUACAGUCCGCUGAUAAUCAAAAGUACUUCCUCUGUGUUGCAGAAUUUUUAAUUAGAGGAAAGUCGAUGAACGACUGAAGUCAUUGGGCAUGGCACAACGGUGCGUCUUAUUCUGUAGGUUUAUAUUUUGUCUCGAGUGUGUAGUUGUCUAUCCAUGUAGUUAUUACGUUUUUACAAGCAAAGCUGUAAUCUGUCAGGGUUUCGUUAUUAAAUUUUAUGAUUUGGCUACAUGGUUGGCCUUGCGUUCUGCAAUCACCAAAUUUGCGUAGGAGCCAUCGUCGAUCUCUCACUAGAACUACUUUGAUGUACGUUUGUCAAUUAUCUCGCUUAUUUUUUUGCAAUACAUAAUUGAUGUUCGAGUAAAUUCUCUAACAUUAUAUGAUUUUUAUCUAAA